AUGAGGGACCCCGAUAGGCUGGAGCACAGGAGCCCGGCCUGCGGCGGGACGCACCCCGAGUACGAGCGGAGUCCCAGGGCCAUGAGCGCCGCCGCACCCGUGGAGCCGAGCCUCGGGGCCCACGCGGGCCGGGCGCAGGGGGAGCAGGAGGUCCCCGACGCCUUCCGCGACAUUUGCAUGUACUUCUCCAGGGCGGAGUGGGCGGAGAUGAGCGAGUCGGAGAAGAUCCGCUACCGCAACGUGAAGAGGAACUACAGCGCGCUGCUGGCCAUAGGUUUCAGAGCCCCCAGGCCGGCUUUCAUGUGCCGCCGGAGGCUGGCAGGCCGAGCCCGAGAGGAUGACACCGACGACUCCGACGAGGAAUGGACGCCUAGACCGCAAGUCAAGCCUCCUAGGAUGACCUACAGAAUGGAACAGAGCAAACAUCAAAAGGGAAUGGCCAAGGAGCCUGCACACCAUGAGUGUAGUGUGAAGGGAUCACCAGGAACAGCAUAUUUCCUGAGGCCAACCGACUCCAAGCAGGGCCAGAAGCCAGCGUUCCCUCCUGAAGAAGCAAGUGUGUCUAGACAGCACUCCACAUGUAGACUGGAAGGAAGAAGAAAGACUGACAUGAAGAUAUACAGCUUGAGGAAAAGGAAGAGUCGGACGUACAAAGAGUGCAGUGAGCCUCAGGACGACGACUACCUCUAUUGUGAGAUGUGUCAGAACUUCUUCAUUGAAAGCUGUGCUGUUCACGGAUCCCCGACGUUUGUAAAGGACAACCCAGUGGGCAAGGGGCACCCUCACCGCUCAGUCCUCAGUCUGCCUUCUGGGCUGAGAAUUGGACCAUCGGGCAUCCCUGAAGCUGGACUUGGAGUGUGGAAUGAGACAACUGAUCUGCCACUAGGGCUGCAUUUUGGUCCCUAUGAAGGCCAGGUCACAGAAGAGGAAGAGGCUGCCAAUAGUGGCUACUCCUGGCUGAUCACCAAGGGGAGGAACUGCUAUGAGUACGUGGAUGGAAAGGAUCCGUCUCAGGCCAACUGGAUGAGGUAUGUGAACUGUGCUCGGAACGACGAGGAGCAGAAUCUGGUGGCCUUCCAAUACCACAGGCAGAUAUUCUACCGCACCUGCCAGGCUAUCAGGCAGGGCUGUGAGCUGCUGGUCUGGUACGGGGACGAGUACGGCCGGGAGCUGGGUAUCAAAUGGGGCAGCAAGUGGAAGGAAGAGCUCACGGCAGGCAAAGCCGAGUCAAAGCCAGAAAUCCAUCCCUGCCCCUCAUGCUCACUGGCCUUCUCCAGUCACAAGUUCCUCAGUCGACAUACGGAGCGCAGUCACUCUCAGGUCUUCCCAAAAGCAUCACCAAGACACCUGCAACCAGUGAACCCCUGUCGAGCGACUGAGCACCAGGAACCGCCUGAUGCACACAGCUGGAAUGACACGGUUGAAGGUCAAGAGGUGAUUGAAAAUUCCAGACCCGUGUCCACCAGGACAAGGCAGAGGCAGAUCUCAGCGGCCUUUUGCAGCCUCCGCAAAGGACAGGUGGAGGCCUCGAGGGUGGGUGAGAGAAAGGCAGAGGAAGGUCCCAGAAUUGACCAGGAAAUGAAUGCACAGGACACAGGAAAAUCAUCUGUGAGGGCAGGGCUGCCAAGCAGAGUAACAGUCAAGUGUGGAGAUGGUAGGCAAGACCUCAGAGAUAUGUCACACCUCAUCAGACAUGAGAGGACACACACAAGGGAGAAGCCCUACAUGUGCAGGGAGUGUGGGCGAGGCUUCACAGACAAGUCAAGCCUCAUCAGACACGAGAGGACACACACAGGGGAGAAGCCCUACGUGUGCAGGGAGUGUGGGCGAGGCUUCACAGUGAAGUCAAACCUCAUCAGACAUGAGAGGACACACACAAGGGAGAAGCCCUACGUGUGCAGGGAGUGUGGGCGAGGCUUCACAGUGAAGUCAAACCUCAUCACGCACGAGAGGACACACACAGGGGAGAAGCCCUACAUGUGCAGGGAGUGUGGGCGAGGCUUCACACAGAAGUCAAACCUCAUCACACAUGAGAGGACACACACAGGGGAGAAGCCCUACGUGUGCAGGGAGUGUGGGCGAGGCUUCACAGACAAGUCACACCUCAUCAGACAUGAGAGGACACACACAGGGGAGAAGCCCUACAUGUGCAGGGAGUGUGGGCGAGGCUUCACAGACAAGUCAAGCCUCAUCACACAUGAAAGGACACACACAGGGGAGAAGCCCUACGUGUGCAGGGAGUGUGGGCGAGGCUUCACAGACAAGUCAAGCCUCAUCAGACACGAGAGGACACACACAGGGGAGAAGCCCUACGUGUGCAGGGAGUGUGGGCGAGGCUUCACAGUGAAGUCACACCUCAUCACACAUGAGAGGACACACACAGGGGAGAAGCCCUACAUGUGCAGGGAGUGUGGGCGAGGCUUCACACAGAAGUCACACCUCAUCACACAUGAGAGGACACACACAGGGGAGAAGCCCUACGUGUGCAGGGAGUGUGGGCGAGGCUUCACAGUGAAGUCACACCUCAUCAAACACCAGAGGACGCACACAGGGGAGAAGCCCUACAUGUGCAGGGAGUGUGAGUAAAUAGUAUCAUCUCAACAGCAGAGAAGUGUAACCCACCACAGCUUAAAGGAGUCUUACAUUCCCAGUACAGUAGAGAUUGAACAAUUCUUCCACUUAUGUGAUGAGAUGAAUUGGACAAACAGAGGAGGGUUGCCUUUUCAGGGAUGUUGACUUGUGAAUUUC